AUGAUCCAACGAGCAGCCAAAUUGCUUAGCGGGGGAACCGUCACCGCUAUGGCUGCAUAUUUGGCCUAUGAUUAUCAAACAUGUCAUCCUUUUCGGAAAAUGCAUGGAUACGAUGUGGCAGGAGCCUGGAUUCGGUUUCACAACACCUUUCGACCAAGCAUAACCUACCCAUCGAUGACUUUACAGGACUUGAACAAGUACAAUGGCCAUAAUGGAAGACCCACCUACUUUUCCUCCGAUGGCAGGAUAUGGGACGUCUCGGAUUCCGAAACUUUUCACAGUAGCUAUGGUUUCUUUGAAGGGAAAGAUGCCACUUUUUGUUUGGCCAAAAUGAGCAUGGAGAAGAGUGAAAUCAAUCAGACCAAUUGGGACGCAUUGGCAGACAAAGAAUGGGAGUCUCUGUACUCGUGGACCAAGUAUUUUUCGGAAAAGUACAUGAUAAGGGGUCGAUUGAAGGAAUACGCGCCUAAACGAUGA